AGGUGUAGAAGGCUGACUCACCCGUCACUUAUCCUUCACAGGUCUUUCAAGUCCGUUUUAAAGGACGUCAUUUGGACCUAAGGAGGAUUUUUUCCCGGAUUUGGCCAAGAGGAGUCCGUAACUGUGUCGCGGCCUCGGGGUUUGUUGUCAUUGUGAAACUUUAAUUGGGCAGGUCGUCGGGGGGUGAUUGAAGGACAUUUACUGGUGAAAUUCAAGAGACAGAAUAUUCUAAUGGUCCCGUAUUUAUAUCUGGAGGAGACAGUGACUGAUAUUAGCAGGUUUAUUUGCCUCCUGGAACGUUCGGACAACAUGACAGUGGCCAUGGCUUCGUCUAAGGCGGAAGUGCAAGAGAGGGACUUGGUGACGCGCAUGAAACACGGGUCGUCAUCACCGACUGAAGACAAGGAUACGAAGACAGCCACCACCACGACGGCUGUUAAGGGUCUACAAGUAAGUAGUAACAGAGAGGAAGACAAUCUCACUAUAGCCGGAGACGACGACGAUGACACAGAAGAAAAAAGAAGAAAAUCCAGCCCGGUUAUAGACUCGGGACCGACCGACCUUAGCGUUAAGAAACAACAACAACAACCUACUAACAAUACCAAACAUCACCAUUACAAUAACAACAAUAAUAAUAAUAACCUCGAGAUGCAGCUACCAAGUUCAAGAAACCUGACUAGCGGCAUCCCUAACAACCACAACAACAAUAACAACAACCAUCUCAGUAACCUGCCUCCUUCCCUCGCCGUCAAAAGUUCCUUCACCAUCACCAACUUACUCAGACCUCCAGCUAAACCAGUAGAGGCACCAGAAGACCUCAGUAAGGCCAAGAGGAACGCCACCACCGUCACCGCCACCACCACCCGAUCGCUACCUGAAGUGACCAUCACCCCACAACACCAUCACCACCACCUCCAUCACAUACUACCGCCGCAUCACCUUCAGGAGACUAAACGUCACGUCCCCGCAGUGAAAAGGAAAAUAGACGAAGUGGAAGAGGAAAUAGAUGUGGAAGAGGAUGAUGAUGAGGGUAAUAUGAAGGAAUGUGAAGCGGAAGAAGAGGAAGAGGAAGAGGAGGAGGAAGAUGUCGGGGUAGACUCGAGCAUCAGCGAGGCACUUCUCAACGAUGAGACAAAAGGGUGCUCGUCGCCGCGCUCACCAGACAGCUGCCUGAAGUCCAAGAAGCAGAGGAAGGCGCGGACGGCGUUCACAGACCACCAGCUUCAGACGCUGGAGAAGAGCUUCGAGCGUCAGAAGUACCAGCAGGACCGCAUGGAGCUGGCUGCCAAGCUGAACCUGACCGACACCCAGGUGAAGACCUGGUACCAGAACAGACGGACCAAGUGGAAGAGACAAACGGCUGUAGGUCUGGAACUAUUAGCUGAGGGCGGCUAUGGGCGUCUCAUGGGUGGUUAUUGGCCCUAUCCAAGCCCAGCCGGUCUACCCACUCCCACCCAUCCCGCCCAUCUCUCUGCCGUGGGCGCCCUCUCAUCUAUGGCGGCUCUUUCGUCUUCUAUGGAUCUCUAUUAUAGACACGCACAGUUGGCAGCUCUCAGUCGGUCGGCCGCAGCGGUGUCACCAGGCCCACCACCCACUCUAGACAUCACCUCCACCCUCACGCCCACCCUCACGCCCACCCUCACGUCCACCCUCGCGUCCACAUUACCGCCAAGCCUCACUUCCUCCGUGGGCUGCACCACAACUAACACCUCCUCGCCCACGCUCGUCGCGCCUAGGGUCAUCUAUCCACCCACGCCCACACAGGCCGCCCUUGCCCACUACUUCAAACAGUGACGGUGGUAGAGAGAGGGAGUGGGAGACAGACAAACAGACAGACAGACAGACAGAACUCUUUCAAUCAUGGACGGAAGUGCUGAUGGUGUCCAAGCGAAAGAGAUAAAGAGAGUGAGAGACAGAACCGGGUCCAGAGACCGAAGUAGACAGACAGAGACCGAGGGAUAAAAAGCAAGAAAUGAAUAGACAGACAAACAGACGGUGAACGAGACACAAACAGACAGAGAGCUAGACAGAGACAGGUAGACAGACGGACGGAACAACACAACUCCCUCAAGCAGAGUCGGCCUUUGUUGACAGUGUCCGUCUAACACUUGGAGCACACGAGUCAUGUUGAUUAAGUGACGUCACUCCAGGUGUGUGAGGAUUCAGGUUAAUGAUGAUUGACGUCACCAUGUUAAUUCAUGAUCCAAGCGAUGACGUCACAAUGACAUCUCGGCUGUCUAAUGGAGAUGACGUCACGUUAACCUUUGACCUGAAUGGACGCCGGCGAUCAUACUAGGUCAUGAAGACGUUGUUUACUAUGUGUCAUUUGAUCGUUAGUUAUACAGAUGUAAAUAUAUACCUCUUAGUAAUACAGCCCCCCCCCCCUCUCCCUCCGGUAGCUUUAGUUGAUAUUUAUUACGUUUUCUCUAAAUUUUUAAACGUUUUAUGUGAAUUUUUAAGGUUUUUUGUCAACAUAUAUUCUAUCGUUUUCGUCUAUUUUAAACGUUUUGUCAUUUAUUUUGUCUUUUUAAAGUCAUUCCUCAAAAAAUCCUGUGAAUUCAAGGAUUUUCUGUAAAUUAAAAAGAUUUCUGGGUAAAUAUUUAAAAUUUUCUGUGAAUUAAACAAAAAUAAUUUGUGAAUCUCCUUACUAAUUUUCUGUGGAUUUUUCUUACGACUUUCUGUGAAUUUUGGAAAUUUCUCGGUGAAUUUUAUUUCUGAAAACAGUGAAAAAUUGCCAAAAAAAUACCAUGACGAUAUUAUAAUGAACGGGUCUUCCAUGUCGGCAGUAAACGGGAAGACUGACUAAACUCAAGAGUGGAAGGAUGUGUUUUAUGUAGUGAAAGAGGGAUUUUAUAGUGAAUGAACAGUGAAAGAAAUGCUCUGUGUAGUCAAGGAAAUGUAUGCUUACUAUAGUGAAAGAAGGAUGUACUUUUUAUAUUGAAAGAACAGUGAAUGAAAUGUUCUGUGUAGUGAAGUUAAAGUAUACUUACUGUAGUCAAAGAAAGAUAUACUUUUUAAAGUGAAAGAACAGUGAAGAAUAUAUAGUGAAGGAAAUACUUCUUAGAUUGAAGGAGUGAAAACUUUGUAAGAUAAUGGAAGAAUCCAAUUUGUAUUGUGAAAGAAAAGUAUAUAAUAUAAUAUGUUAAGAAUAUAUUUGCAUAAUUAAAAAAAGACAUACGUUCUAGUGAAGGAAAAACAUAUAUACUUUUUUAUGAAGAAAGUAAUUUAUAUACUGAAGGAAGGAAUUUCUUUAUGGAGUGGAAAAAGACAUAGUUUCUAGUGAAGGAAAUAUAUAUACUUUCUAUUGUAGGUUAUAACUUAUAUAUAGUGAAAGAAAUAUAGACUUUCCUCAAUAAGGGAAAAUUACACUUUCUACUGUGAUGGAAAUUAUACUUUUUAUUGAAGGAAGAAGGAAUGUGGUGAAAGAAAUGUAUAAUAAACCCAGUGAAAGUAAUGUGAAAAAUACUCACUUUUUUAAUACAACAAUAAGUUAACUGCUUGUAUUUUCUUUCAUUUAUUUUAAUUAUGAAAAAUAGAGUGAAUUCAAUAACCAAAGGUUAUAUUGUUAUUAUGAAUAUUUAAGUAACAAGUAAGCGUAUCUGCCUCUUUAAAAGGUUUAUUUAUUUUCGUUUUUAUUCAUAAUGUAUCGUGUCCAUUCAUUUAUUUGUGUUCACUUCUCCAAUACAUUACAACAACACUCAUUCAGGAAGUUCACUUGAACACACCGAGUGUAUCAAUGUUCAAUUCAGAAAUUAUGGAGAAAAAUCGAAUUACAUUUUUUUUCUCUCUUCUCAAUAGGGAGUGAGUAUACCCUAUAAUUCUAUAUAGACCUGUGAAUUAUAUACGUGGUAUAUCUCUAUACCUAUAAGUAUAUAUCUAUGUAUAUCACCUCAUGUUUGUAAAUAUUUAUAUGUGUAUUAAUAGUUCCUUAUAUCUAUGUUUUUUGUAGUUUAUUCAAAAGAUUUUGUGUUUCAUUUUUUUAUACAAAUGUAUGAACGUUAUACCUGCGUCAUUAUGUCAUUAUAUUUGUUGUGUGUAGAGAGAUUCAGUCCGUAAUAAAGCAAUCA